AUUGUGUCAACACCAUAUGAAGAGAAUAUCAUCAUUUGGAGUGCAUCAUAACAGAUAAUUCCACGUGUAAGUCUAGUCUAUCAUUGUUGUAGAUACGCUUUCGACCAGGCCAUAUGCGAAUUCCCCAUCGAUGAUGUAAAUGUGCUUGUUAUGUUCAGCAUACCCAGCAAAUCAGGAAGGUCGAAGAACAAGCACAAGAACAAGAACUUUGUUAACUCAACCCACUACCCUCCAUCUCGAUAUAUCACAACCACAUCUAUAUAUUCAUCAUGACGAAGACCGCACUCAUCACAGGCGCGACUGGUUUACUUGGCAGACAAGUUCUAAAAGUAUUUGAUCGAGAAAAUUGGAAUACAGUUGGCACCGGAUUCUCACGCGCAAAGCCUCCUACCAUUCUCAAGGUAGAUUUGGCUUCCGAGUCUGAAGUAUCAAAGGCGUUGAAUGAAUCCAAACCUCAAGUCGUAAUUCAUUGUGCAGCGAAUAGAUUCCCAGACAAGUGCGACAGCGAUCCUGAAGGAACACGCGCUCUCAAUAUCGCAGCUUCUGCUUCAUUGGCAAAACUCUGCGCAGAACAAUCCAUCCUCCUUAUCUACAUUUCGACCGAUUAUGUUUUCCCCGGCACCGAAGGUGAUGCUCCUUACGAGACAAGCCACACCGUAAACCCCCCGAAUCUAUAUGGAGAAACAAAAUAUGAGGGCGAGAAAGCCGUAUUGGCGGAAUAUGAGAAAGCAGGCAAGUCCGGUCUAGGCGUGGUCUUGAGAGUUCCUGUACUCUACGGUGAAGGCGAACCUGAAGAAAGUGCAGUUGGUGUACUUGUCAAGUCGGUCUGGAAAGCCCAAGAAAAAGAUGCCAAUAUCAAAAUGGAUCAUUGGGCCCUGCGCUAUCCUACCAAUACAGAAGAUGUAGGCCGAGUUCUGUCAGAGAUCGCAACCAAAUAUCUUGAAAGUAAAGACCCAUCAUCUUUACCACGAGUCUUGCAAUUUUCUUCAGAGGACAAAUUCACAAAGUAUGAGAUCUGUCAACUCUUUGCGGAGAUUUUGGGCUUGCCGCUGGAUGGCAUGGUGGCAAAUACAGAGGGAAAUGAUCCAAAUGCUAGUGUGCAGAGACCUUAUGAUUGCCAUUUGUCUACAAAGGUAUUGAAGGAUCUGGGAAUCAAUGUUGCUACGAUGGAUUUCACCGGAUUUUGGCGGAGGGAGAUGAAUGCUUUCAGGAAGUAGGGAAGCAUCAGGCUGGUAUACAAAGGCAGUAGCUGAAUAUUCUCCCAUAUACGACAAUAGUAGUGUUCUCUCACCCAGAAUUACGUUAUUGCGUUAUUGGCCAAAUCUGUAUCCCAAUGGAAGAUCUAGGAGCAACAUAUCGUGUUCCAAGACUGGAAGUUCUUAGCUGUUCAGUGUACUUCAAUGGCUAUCAUUGGCAAAGCGAUCUCAGAUUUUUCGAGUCUUUCCUAUUUUCUUUCCACUUUUUAGACUGCGUUAUGUAAUGUCUUUCGAACUGAGAGCUCGAUUCUAGUAGCUAUGAAGAAGUCAGGCUGAUUCAAAGGUUUGAGUGCUUUCGUAUAAUCCAAUGAAUUAUCUAUACCAAGGAAGAAAACCAAUGGCAUCGUGAGCUAGUGUUCAUAGUAGUACUUGCGGUCAGAAAUUCCGGGAAGUGUUCUUCUUGUUAAUUUGCAGUAACAGCCGUGGUUCUGAUGUACUCGCGGAAAGUCGCUAUGGGAUACCUCAUCAUCAACCAUUUGAGAUAGCUUGUUGCUCCGGUACUGAAUUGCAGAGAUGCAUUCUUAAUUUUUUGGAUUCUCAUGAUGUUCUCAUCCAAAACGGAUUAUGGGGUUGACACAAGUGAGGGGACUUCCGGGACGAGAGAUGGAAAAAGCUUUGAGGCAGAGUAGGGCAUAUGUGACGGGGGUCAACAGCCGAUCAAUUUGAUCCACCACAGAUACCUCGACUUGCACACAUAUCGGUUUUCAUGUCAAAUUCCUUCUUGUCCUCCGGCGUGCACGUAACUACAUUUAGAACAUAUCAUUUAGAUCGGUCGACAUCGGGUUCCAAAUCUUUUCUUACGUAUAACGAGAACCUCCGAUAGAGAUAUCCAGUCUCCUCCGCAUUCUUUGCAACAUACAGGAUUGGUCCGUCCUCUUGCGGUAGCAAUUCUCCUCCGAGCUUGCUAGAUAAAAACAGGGUUGAUCUUCCUUGUUCUUAGAUGUCAUGUCGUUAAGCAUCAAGGAAAUGACGGCAUAUGAGAGAAGCUUUGUUUUUUGAUGGUAUAUGCCACGUUGUGCCCUUGCAAAAAGCACCUGAGACCCCAUUCCUUCUAUGUUUUGAGAAGCUGUGAUGAUCGACCCUUGCCCUCUCUUUACCAAAAUUGAACAUUUGAUCUAGAGAUCAGAGACAAAUAUC